AUGGCCUUGGAUUAUUACGACGAAUCCCUUAAUAAUUAUGCCGAUGAGUCUGGCCAAAAUGUGGUUGAGAAAGCGCAACUACCAUUGAAGCCGAGCGACAUGCGUAAAAAGAAGCAAACGGGCGCUGCGAACGCCGAAUAUCCGUAUCUGGUUCUAAGGAAAAAAAUAAGAUUUAUUUCCACGUGCUCUGUGCUGAAUUUCUUUGGCCAAAGUCAUGUCCGCUGCAUCGACUUUAAGGCUAAUUCGGGCAGAUUAACAGUUUUCUUCAAUGACUUGGGCUCCUUAGAGGCUGCACACUGCCAACUGGAAGAAUUUCCUUUAUUAUUGCAGGUGCAACGAAGCAGGAUCGGUGGCGGGGAAAAGGCCAAGUCCAUGGUGAGCGCCGCCAACCAAUUACCCGAUCCAGUUAAUCUUCCAGCACUAGUGCCAACUGCUCGGGGCCCAAUCGACUUGAAAUCACGCACUAUACACUUUUCGGCCAGCGCAAAUAUGCAUCCAGAGUUCAUAGUAGUUCCAAUCGUGGAUGCUACGUCCUAUAAGUACGGCUCUCUCCUGGCAAUUGGAGACGUGGAGAAGCGCUAUAGGAGUGUUAAGUUCGAGCAUAACUUGGAUCGCCACGGGGCCUAUGUACUUGAGAGACAAUAUGAAGAGGAAACGUUGACCAAGCCGCUGAUCCAAGAGCUUCGUUUUGGGAGAAAAUUGUUUAAGAACACGGAUGUAGAUGAUGUGGAUGAAGAUGAUAACGAGUGUAUAGAUAUGUCUGGAUACGAAAAAUGCGUGGUCUGCAACGGUUACACAUCCACUGUGUGUAAAAUUUGCGAUAUGCCCUUUUGCGAUGCGUACUGCUGGGGCAUUGUCUCCCAGCAGCACGAUAGCAAAUGCGGCAGUGGUCAGAAAGUGGAUAUUAAUGAUGAGGAUUUCAGACAAUUGAUUCCCAAGUCUGGUUUGCCGUCAAAAAAUUCCAUGGUCACGAUUACUGCCUUCGAACGGUCGAAUAUCGUGUAUGUGCGCCCGGCUGAUUUCCUUUCUGAACUGGCCUACUACCGCGUGCUCGCUGAGAUCAGGAAGCAUGACAAAGAUGUACCCAAGCUUGACCAGCUGCCGGUCUGUGGCCAGAUGGUCCUCUAUAAGUUCGAGGGACAAGUUGUACGGGCCAUGGUGCUGAAUGUUGACAAUCCGAAGGACAUAUGCGUAGUCUCCGUUGAUUUUGGCAGCGUUGAAUACACUGAUCCGGGGAACCUGUAUCAGUGCAGCUCUUAUUUGAGUGAUUUGCCGCGCUAUGCUGUUCCUGUGAAGCUUCGCGGCGUACCAAGGCGCGCCUUAACUCCAACUUUGCGGGAUGUUAUGUACGCAAUGCAAGGGUCCUCCGCUACUUUUGAACUAAGGUACCACAAGCACGAGUACGACCAUAAAAACAAAAUGCAGACGGCAGUGCUAUGGUGUAUGGAGGAAAAUAGAAGCAUUAACAGCCUGCUUAGGAAAGUUAUAACACCCGUGGAGCCCGCUUUUCAUGAGCCCGGGUUCAAUGAAGAUUUUCUGCCGCAUGUGGCUGAGAAACCAGGGAAGAACAUCGACUUGAUUGUCACGGACAACUCGUUCCUAAAGUACGGCAUCAUCUACUGCACCCCCGCAAAAUUGGCAGUGGAGAUCACGAAAAUGCAGCAAGCGUUCCAGGACUAUGGAGAAAAUAUUGCCAAAGCUGACACCUAUGCCGCUCCGAAAGGACAAUUGUGCGUUGCCAAGUAUAUGGGAAAAUGGUGUCGCGGUGUUUCGAUGGAGCUUGUAGGUGAUGGCUAUCCCAGCAUCUUGUUCCUGGACUAUGGAAAUAUUGUGCCGAUCCACGUGACGGAUAUCCGUGCAUAUCCGCAGCAGCUAACGUACCCCGUAUUGACUACGGAAUACGUUUUGAUGGGCGUGCCGGAAAUCCUCACCGAUGCGGAGGUCAAGCGUCUCGAGAAUCGUUUCGCUUUGGGUGCCAUUGUGACCUGCGAUGAGAUUGUGAAGAAUGAAGAAAACAACUACUCCCUUCGCUUUGAUGAUCUGCAGGAGCAUCUAUAGCAGUAGCACACAAAACGGAACAUUUUAUUGCUGCCCAACUACUAGUAAAUUGUACAGUUGCUGUGCACAAAGACAGGGCAUAAUGCCAUAUAAUUCCAUUAUAUACAGAAUUUCUGUAUAAAUCUUCAUUGUAUACAAUACAAUCAAUACAAAAUAACAAAGAAUAAAAAAAGAACG